AUGGUCACAUACGAGUACGACCCGGUGCCCGAUCUCCGGCGGAUUUUCAUAUCGCCGAAUACACUUGACGAGUUGCCGCAAUUGCUAGACUACACGAAUUCAUACAAACAGAAACUUGAUGAAGAAAUCCAACAGGAUAUCUCUGAAUACAACAGUAGUCGUCCCAACGGUCUCAAUGACGACAUUUGCAAUCUCGUAGAUCUCAUUAAAGGAAUCAAGCUGGACUCAGAUGCUACUCGUCUGUCAAUUGUAGCUAUGACCGGAUCGAUCCAGAACUUGGAUCAGUACAAGAAGAACUUGGUAUUGUCGAUGACGAUUCUCAAACGACUUCAAAUGCUUAUAAAUGCCAACAAUACGCUCAUACAGGUGAUGUCUUCACACAAUUACCAGGAGAUUCUACUGCUUUUUAGCGUUAUUAAGGAAUUAUUGGGCUUUUUCAAACCAUACAAAUCGAUAGAUGAAAUCAAUCAGUUGAACCUAAUGGUUGUCAGUACCCAAAAUAAGCUCAUAGAUGAUAUCUUCAUAGAUUUUGAGGAUUUUUCGACACAGAGACUACAAGACCGCGAGGAUCAGUUGAUCUACGGCUGUAAGAUCUUAGAGUUGAUUGACUUGAAGUACAAGGACAAGCUCUUGAACUGGUUUUUCAACUUGCAACUCAAAGAUAUAAGGUCCAUCUUCAACAACUUGGAUGAGGCAGGCUCCUUGGACAACUUGAACCGCAGAUAUAUCUACUUCAACAACACUUUGAAGAGCGUCCAGGAAAGGUAUCUUGAAAUCUUCCCCAAGGACUGGAAGGUCGACUUGGAAUUGAGUAAAAUCUUUUGCUCCAUGACCAAGCAGGAUCUCAUAAAUUUGCUCACAUCGUCAAAUGUCAAAUCUAAUACCCUCUUGGACAACUUGACAGCAACAUUAGAUUUAGAAAAACUCUUGAACGAUACCUUCAAAACGAGCGAGUUCACACUGAUCAUAUCCCUGGUGUUUGAACCUUAUUUGUUGAUAUGGAUAAAUGAACAGGACAAACUUCUCAGCUCCAAAUUCGCAGAAUUUAUGUCGAUUUCACAAUUGCCAUCAGAAUUAAACGAGAAGGACGACUUCUUAACGGUAUUGAAGGUUAAUAAUGUUCCUAACAUCGCAAACUCUUCAACUGAAUUGUUCAAGAAUUUCCAAAAGAUUCUUACCCUGAUUUUGAAACUCAGCAAUGGUGAGAUUUUGAUAGAGUUGAGUAAAUUAUUCAUCAAGUACUUGUAUGAUUUCCACAAUAAGAUAUUGGCACCGAUGGUUCCAAAAAACGAUGACGAAUUGGGAGGUGGUAUAGAGCCUUUGAAGUACUUGACUAUGUUACUCAAUACUGGGGAUUAUGUUAUAAAUAAUAUUGACGAUCUAGCUGACAAAUUCAAAACUUUAAUCAAGGAUCAAUACGAGCAGAGGUUGCCUUCCUACGAAAACGUCAAAGACAUAUACUUUAAGUUGAUCAACAAGUCCAUUUCCAAUCUCUUGAUCAAGAUCUCCAAUGAUCUCAAGUUCAGCUGGAGACAAUUCUUGAAUAUAAACUGGUCCAAUUUAGACACGAUUAAUGAUGUUUCCAGCUAUAUGUUGGAAUUGAAGAAGCAGAUUAUCACCAAUUUACAGGUGAUUCUCCCUUUGAUUAUAAGAGAAAGUUAUAUAAGAAAUUUCAACGAUAAACUUGUUGAAUUGCUUAUAACUACACUCAGCAACAACCUCAAGUUUGUAAAGCCUUUGAAUAUGAUUAGUUUGGAGCAGAUCCUUCUUGACAUUACCAAUCUCAAAGACGUUUGUUUGACAUUCCCAUUGUAUUCCGAUCCUAAUUAUUCCGAAUCUAAGAAUACAACUAGUAGCUCACCAUCAUACCAGAAGUUUGUCAGCAACCAGUUCCACAGCUUUGAAAGCUUGUUGAAGGUCUUGAUGGUUCCUGAACUUCCAAUAGAGAAUAUAAUAGAGAGUUACUUUGAAUUGAUAGGAGACAAGUCUAUUCGCAACUUCAUGAAGAUUCUCAACUUGAAGAAUAUCGACAAGUCGGCUCAAUCAAAGUAUAUUGAAAAUUUCAAACUACAGCUCACUCUAGAUGAUGGUACCUUGACAAACCAAAACCAGUUACUAUCUAAUUUAGAAGACGAAGAAGAGUCGGGAUCGGUUAGUAUUUCUCAGGUCAGCACACCUACCCCAGACUUUAAGUCACCAAAAUUGCUUCCUACGAAAAUCAACAACUUUGAGAAAAAUCUCCGAGAAUUUGCUAUCACUGGAGAAAGCCAUGUCAAUAAGUUAAACGAGAACUUCAAGAACUUUGGUAAGUUCUUCAGAAAGGAUAACGACUAG